GUGUACUCACACUAGGCACGGUUGCCAUGAACCGGGCCCGAGUACGAUUGUCCCCACUCCCCCUCUGGCCUGCACUCACAUAGGGUUUCAGCAUUCGUGCCGGAGCACGCUUACGUCAUUAUGGUGCGACGGUUUCGGGAUAAACAAGAAGAGCGGCGCUCUCUGAACACAAUGGAGUCCAUCGCUCUGUUGUCAUUGUGGAUAAUUUUCUGUCGUUUGGUCCACGGUGGUCCACAGCCCUCUCACAGCCUGUUGUUAAACAGAUGUGUCGCUUUAGUGGCGCGAAAAUUUGCACGUAAUCGUGCUGCUCGUAUGAGGAGGUUUGCAAGGUACCAGCUGAAGUGCAGCAAGGACUUUGCAGCUUUGAUUACGGACUACAGUUCCCGUACAUCGACAAGGACCAUAUGGAUUCGGCAGAGAUCUGGUGUGUGGUGGCAGCAUGUUCUCAGCAGCUGGACAGACUGUGAGUGGAAGGCUAAUUUCAGAAUGAGAAGGACAUCAUUCUUGCUGUUGUGCAACAGCCUGCAGCCGCACCUUCAAAGACAGACCACUUCAUUCAGAAAACCAGUGCCCGUGGACCAACGUGUUGCAAUAUGCAUAUGGAGACUGGCCACAAAUGUAGAGUUCAGGACCAUCUCCCAUUUAUUUGGGAUUGGUCAAUCAACUGCUGUUAGCAUUACCAACCAUGUAGCCUCUGCAAUUGUGAAAAAAUUGCUUUCCCUUUUCAUCAGAACACCAUCUGAACAGGAAUUUGAAAGCAUAAUUCAGGGAUUCAGAGACAGGUGGGGCUUCCCACAAUGUGGAGGAGCUAUUGAUGGCACUCACAUUGGGAUUUUGGCUCCACCUGUUAGCUCUGCAGACUACUACAACCGGAAAGGUUUCUACUCUGUUAUUCUGCAAGGUGUGGUUGACAGCCGACUUAUGUUCUGGGACAUUAAUGUGGGAUGGCCGGGGAAGGUUCAUGAUGCAAGAGUUUUUGCCAAUUCAUCCUUGUUUGAGAGGGGUCAGAGUAAUACACUGUUCCCUCGGAUAACAGAGAGGUUUGAAGGAGUAGAUGUGCCAGUGGUGAUUUUGGGGGAUGCUGCAUAUCCAUUACUGCCAUGGUUGAUGAAACCAUAUCCAGAAAAUCAACAAACAACCCCUGCACAGGCCACCUUCAACAACCGCCUCAGCAAGGCACGGAUGACUGUGGAAAGGGCAUUUGGCCUCCUGAAAGGAAGGUGGAGAUGCUUAAUGAAGAGGUGUGAUUGCCGCAUAUACAACAUAAACACUAUUAUCAGUGCAUGUUGCGUUCUGCACAAUUUUUGUCAAGUAAAUGGUGAGGAAUGUGAGGAGAUUGCCACAGAAGAGGAAAAUGUGAACAGUCAAUGGAAUCCUCAUAAUACAGCCACUAGUUCAAAUGCCACCAGAGAUGCAUUGUGUUCAUAUUUCUCAAAUUUUUAGAGAGAUAGUGUAUAUUUCAGGAGGAUGGUUUUCAUUAC